AUGUCAACAUGGAGCUAAUAUUUAUUCACAGGCUGUGAAAUUUACCAAGCACAUGUCUCUACCCCAGCAAGAUCUGAAUUUAGAGGAUGCCAAAGAACAACUCUUAGAAGAGUGUGAAGCAAUAUGGAAAAAUGUGGAAGAGUGCCAGAACAAAUUCACUUUUCAAGAUAUAGAAACUCUUCCAGCUACCGAUCCCAAGCUAUCUUUGCUACUGCACCGGGUGAAGAGUUUAACAGCAGAGUUUAACCAGUGGCAGAAAAGGACACCAGAAGUAAUUACUGCAAAUCCAGAUGUUCUGGUGGCAUUAGGAAAAGAUCAGUUGCAGAGAUUAGAACAUGAUCUUGAAAUGGUUUUAUCAACUGUUCAAGCAAAGAACAAAAAGCUGAAGGAAGACUUGCAAAGGGAGCAGCGGUGGUUGGCAGAACAACAGCAGCUAAUAGACUGUCUUGAUCAAACAGAUAAAGAAAUGAGCAAUCAAGUUGUACAGUUUUCUGAGAAAAGAGCCUUCCAGGAACUGAAAAGUAAAAUGCUGAAAAUAAAAGCCUACAAGGAAGAGAUCUUAAAUGCCCUUGGGGAUUUCCUCGAAAAACAUUUCCCUCUCCCUGAAGAUGAUGGAAUUAAAAAAAGAAAGACACGUUCAUCUAGAGACCCAGAUGUACAACUGAUAACAUUGCAUGAAAUUUUAGAGAUCCUUAUCAAUAAACUAAUAAAUAAACCACAUGAUCCAUAUGUAGCAAUAAACAAUUCCUUUUGGUCACCUUAUAUUGAACUUCUGCUACGAUAUGGGAUUGCAUUAAGACACUCAGAAGAUCCAAACAGAAUACGACUGGAAAACUUUCACCAGUAAUGAGAGAAGUCACCACCUAGUCAGCAUCCAUGAAGUUGACUUGAAUGGAACUGAAUGCUCUCUUCUGAAUGAAAAGAUCA